AUGCCCUGCUGUCCCCUUCCAUUUCCCUCCCCAUCACUCCGUCACAACCGCAACCACCCUCGUCGCAACAUGCCGCUCCGUCGAAGCCAGCGUCGUGCCAAGCCCGCGCUGUCAGUACGCGCCGAACCGACACCCCCGGAUGAUGACAAGGAGAACGAGGUCGCAAUGCGGGAGAGCGGCAGUCUCUCCGGAAAGGACGAGACAAGCACGAGCGACACGGGAAAGGUACUGCCCGAGAAGGACAAAAUUGCCGCAGUCCAUACAAGUCGACAACCGAGGCGGGCGGCGUCGAAACUGCUGCACAGCAAGACAGCCUUGGUCUCGGAUGAGGAAGACGAGGCAAGUUCGGCGCACGGACCAGCGUCAUUUGCUUCGGAGCGUGAGCGAGAGUUGACCGCAACCGCAAUCGACAUCGGGGAUAUUGACGAAAUUCAAGAGGCGAGCCCGCGCGCCACAGCUGCUGCGCCAGUGGAACGAGGCGCAGACGGGGAGACGACGAACCGCACUCCGCUGGCCGUGCUGCAGCCGGAGCAGGUAUCGCCCCUCCGCCCGAAGAAAGUUACGUAUGGGAAACGGCGUCGCGUGCAUCUGAUUGAGAUGCCAACGAGUCAUGCGCUUGGCGUCAUGCGGUAUGCCAGCCCCGAGAGGACAGCAGAAGGGAAGAGCGACCAGUCCGAGCAAGGAGAGGAAGCAGUUGAAAAAAAGGAAGAUGAGGAGGAGGAGGAGGAGGAGGAGGAGGAGGAGGCGUCGCCGGAACGAUCGAAGCCACUGGAGGAGUUUAUGAAGGAGCAACGCGACUUGUGGGCAGAGGUCGAUGCCGUGGACCUGGAGGAACAAUUUGACUAG